AGUCCGAUUCCUCCUAAAGUUCCUCUGCCUCGUUUGCCAUCUUACACAUAUUGCUCCGCGCAGGAUGGGUCAGUGGGGAAAUGAACACUAUGGCUGCUAGUCUAUCUUUGACUCAGCUAUCAAGUGGAAAUCCUGUCUAUGAAAAGUACUAUCGGCAGGUGGACCCUACCAAUAGUGGCCGGGUGGGAGCAACUGAAGCAGCGUUAUUUUUGAAGAAGUCCGGCAUAGCUGACCUGAUUUUAGGAAAGAUAUGGGACCUGGCAGAUACCGAGCGGAAGGGCUUUUUGAGCAAACAGGAGUUUUUUGUUGUCUUGCGGCUCAUCGCCUGUGCUCAGAAUGGACUUGAAGUGUCCUUGAGCAGUCUUAGCCUGGCUGUCUCACCCCCUGUUUUUCAUGACACUAGCAGUCCCCUGCUGGUUUCAGGAGCCAUGCCCAGUGAUGUGGCCUGGGCAGUUAAGCCAGAGGAGAAGUUAAAGUUUGAUACUAUAUUUGACAGCCUUGGCCCAGCAAAGGGUAUGGUCUCUGGAGAUAAAGUCAAACCAGUGCUGCUAAACUCCAAAUUGCCUGUGGAUGUAUUGGGAAGGGUUUGGGACCUGAGUGACAUUGACCGAGAUGGAAUGCUUGAUCGGGAUGAAUUUGCUGUGGCAAUGUACCUUGUAUACCGUGCCCUAGAAAAGGAGCCUGUGCCAAUGUCUUUGCCUGCUGCUCUAGUACCACCAUCUAAAAGGAAGAAAGCCACUCUUCCCAGCAUAGUGCCUCUUCUGCCUUCUCCUCCCUCUUCCAAGGAGUCCCGACAAUCUCUUCCUGCCAGCAAUGUGGUGGCUUCUAAAACUUUGCCGUGGGUAGUAAGUGCUGCUGACAAAGCCAAGUAUGACGAAAUCUUUUUGAAGACAGAUAAAGAUAAAGAUGGGUUGGUGUCUGGACCAGAGGUCAGGGAAAUUUUUUUAAAAACAGGCCUUCCCUCCACCAUGCUGGCUCACAUAUGGGAGCUCUGUGACACAGCUGACUGUGGGAAACUUUCCAAGGAGCAGUUUGCCUUAGCAUUACAUCUCAUCAACCAGAAGUUGGUAAAAGGAACUGACCCUCCACAUGUGCUAACCGCAGACAUGAUACCUCCUUCUGACCGAGGUGUCAUACAUAAGCAGAGCAGUUCUCCAGGUAAUUUAAUGGCUGAUUUCUCUGCUAUCAAAGAACUGGAUUCUCUGAACAACGAAAUAGUGGAGCUGCAGAGGGAGAAGACAUCUGUGGAGCAGGACAUCAAGGAAAAGGAAGAAAAUAUCAAGCAGAGGACUGGUGAGGUGCAGGAUCUUCAGGAUGAAGUGGAUCGGGAAAACGUGGAACUACAGAGACUUCAAACUCAGCGGCAAGAGAUUCAAGAGGCACUUAAUGAGCUGGACCAACAGAAGGUCACUCUGGAAGAACAACUCAGUCAAAUUCGGCAGCAGUGUACCCAGGAGAGCCAGUUGAUAUCAUACCUACAAACUCAGGUGUCAAGCCAGGAGCAGAAGAUCUCACAGUAUGAAGAAGAGCUGCUUCAGGCCCGUGAAGAUCUGAAAAAGCUGCAAGUUGAGACUGUACAAAUGCAAGAAAAGCUUGAGGAGAGCAAGAAGCAGUUGGAGCCACUACAGAUGUCUCUACGUGAUUCUCAUUUAGAGAUUACAGAAGUACAAGGAAAGUUGUUUGAACUACAGGAAUCUCACCGUGAUGUGACCAAACAGCUGUCUUGGCGGAGUCAUCUCAAGCUAGUUAAUGGCACAGGGGAAGAGCACUUUUCAGUGGAUCAGGAAGAUCAAGGGACAGCGGCCACAGAGCCGCAUUCAACUACAGAGACCCCUUCGGAAGCACUUGUUGAAGCCCAGGAGACAAGUAACCAACAGGCAUCUGCUGAGCACUCGCCCUGUAGCAGCACUGAAGAUAUUGCUGGCAAAGACUUGCAGUCAAGAGAUGAAACUAUAGUGCCAGAGGAUCAAGAAGUACAGAUACCUCAAAUAAACCCACCUGAAGAUGGUAACCUGGACUUCUUCCGUACGGACCCCUUCAUUGACAGUGAUCCCUUCAAAGACGAUCCAUUUGGAAAGCCAGAAGACUCCGAUCCUUUUGGUGGAGAUCCAUUCAAGGGCACAGAUCCAUUUGCUUCAGACUCCUUCUUCCAGCAACCUACUGAUGACCUUUUUGGCAAUACAGCAGACCCAUUUAGCAUGGCAUCUGGCAAAACAGCCGAUGCAGACCUCUUUGGUGCUCUAGCCACUGGCAGUGCACCUCAGGACCCAUUUAGCUGCUCUACCAAUGCCCAGCUCAGGCAAGAUCCUUUUGAAUCAGGAACAGAAACAGGAGUUGGAGUUACAAAUGGCACUGCACCUGGAACUGGAGAUGAAGGAGAUCCUUUCAGCAGUACCUCUAUAAGUCCAGAGCAUUCCAAUAUGGAGAUGUUGCAGAAAAAUGACCCAUUUGCCCCAGGAGGCACAACUGUUACUCCUGCUUCAGAUGUUGGCUCUGAUCCUUUCACCUCCGUAUUUGGGAAUGACCCAUUUGGAAGCAGUUUUGCAGACUUCAGCAAUCUGGACAAGGCUAAUGGCCCUGAUCCAUUCAGCUCCACAUUUGGUGUGGAAGAAUUUGGAAGCAGAAAUAUCUUUAGAGAGGAACUGCCAAAGAAUCCAGAUACUCCUCCAGCACUGCCACCCAAGACAGGAACACCCACACGCCCCCCUCCUCCUCCUCCAGGUAAGCGGCCAUCUCUUUGCAGAUCCGAAACUGAAUCUUUUAGGCGUCUUGAGCCUCCUCUUCCACUUGGCUCAGGUGAUUCCGGUCAUCCUGAUUCUACAGACAAAGCAUUACCAGACCCCUUCUCUUCAUUCUCCACAAACAAGACUUCUACAGACCCAGAGAACUUUGCCAAGUUCAACAAUUAUUCAACUGAGGAGGACCUGAUUGAGUGGGCAAAACGAGAGAGUGAGAGAGAAGAGAAGGAGAGGCUGGCACGCCUCACCCAACAAGAACAAGAAGACCUGGAGCUUGCCAUUGCCCUUAGCAAGUCUGAAAUAUCAGAGGCCUGAGCAGGAAGCCAGGCUACCAUGGCCACAUGUCGCUGGCCUCAAGUGUUCAAGACCUUAAAGCAACCAACCUAAUGCAAAGGAUUUGAUGGAUUUUGUCCCAAAUCAGCACUGCGGGGGUCCUUGCUUGAUUGGAACAAGGAUAGAGAAGGGGGUGGGAAGGUUUUGGUGGUGGGAAGAUUUUGAAAUUUGCGAAGCCAGGUGGAACCAGAUCUUAAAUGGCAUCCCUUAUGCUUUUAGUCUCCCUGAGGUAAGAACACUUCCGCUACUUGCCACAAAAUUAGUUCUUCUGAUUGCUUUCCCAUAACAUACUUUAUUGAGGGAUGGCCAUUCAGCCUCUCCCACGUUUGGGCUUCUGGCUAGGAAUGCCAUAUUGUGAAGCUAGAGAGAGGAGGACUAGUGGCAGUUUGCAGCUGAACCCCUCAUCAUGUGCAUCAUUUUAAACAAAUAAUAAGCCAUUGCACAGAUCCUCCAGUCAAAGUCUCUUCCUCGACCCUACAAGGAGGUGUUUUUGUUACUUGGCAAUGUGAAUAACCACUACAAUACUGGACAGUGACUUGAUGAAAGGUGUGCUCUGACUCUUGCAAUGCUGCUGUUGCUUUUACAGGAAGCCCUAUCCACACUUGGCCAUGGGUAUGGAGGGGCUGGCCUCAUCGAACCACGGGUUUCAAAGUGGAGACUUCUGCUCAUGUGAC